AUGAGAAUUUACAUCAACAGAGCAGAAUGGAAAUUGAAUAAACACCACAGGUGUCAUUCAUAUUUUUUAAAAAAUAAUUAUUUUGAAAAUGUGUUCUUCGUGAAUUCGCACAUAAAAGGUUUUAGCAAGAAUGACGAGAAAGAGGCGGUGAAAAUGGAGCGCAACAGAAAAAGGGGUGUGUUUUAUUUUCCCCCGAAAAGUGGUGCCCUGGGCAGGAGGGGCGUGUACAGGUGGGUUAGGAAGAAAAGGGGGCAUUCUUCUACAAGGUGUUUUUUUAAGUCUAAUGGGGGGGUGGCCCCUUUUUCACGGAAUGGAGAUAGUGGCUGCGGAAGGGUCAGCGGUGACGCCCGUCUGAACAGCCUCGCUCGAAGUAACUGGUCGCGCUGGAGCAAACUCUUCUCGAGCGACUUUGAAAAGGCUUUUAAAGAAAAUUUCGACGAAAGCAGCCGGCUGAAGAAGAGCGAGCUGGUGUCCAUCUUAGCCUGCAUCUGCACAAACAUCGUUAUUGAGUUUUUAAAAAUAAAAGAGGAGAAAAAGACGGAAGAUUUUGACUACCCCUUUGACUAUAGCCUUAUGAACAUCCUAAAGCUGGUAAACUUUGAAUAUGACGUGAAUGAGGAGCUUCAGAAGAAGAGGAAGAAGCAGAAGAGGGAGUUUAACAGGAGGAAGUUCAAGGGGGGGGGGAAUGAGCCAAACGAACCCCAUUUAGGAGGACCCCCAAUCGGCGGAGCAUACGAAGAGACGGAGGAAGACGUGAACAUAAAUAUAGACAAUAAAAACACGAAGGAGGAAAAUGACAAAUUAGACGAGUACAUUAAAAUGAUGGAAUUUAACACAAUGGAAAUUAAACACAUUGAGCCUUACAUCGACCUUUUCUUUGGAAAAAAAACAUUUCAAAAAGUUUUUCUAAAGAACGGGAUAGACAUACACAAAAUCUACGAUAAGCUUAGUGAGGCCCUGUUUGAUAAGUGCCAAGAAAAAGCCAACGUGAUGGAGCUGCAGAGGUUUGUCGAACACGAGGAGAGAAAUAUACACAAGAAGAAAAGAGUUCAUGUGAGGAAUGGUUCCAUGUCAUUUGACGAGUAUAUGGAAGGUCUGGGCAGCUUGGAGGAGAGCAAGGGGGUCAGUGAGGUGGAGAGGAUUCUCUACGACGGGGAGGUGCCCCCGAAGGUGGCAGCGAAGAAGAGGAAAAAAAAAAACAGGAAAGGUGGCACUAUUAUCAACGGGCUGAGCGGCAGUGAACGAAGGGAUGGCGAUCAUUUGGGGGUUGAUCUGGGCGGCGGACCGGGCACGGACGGGGGUAGCGGUGAAAGCGGUGAUAGCGGUGGUGAUAGCGGUGGUGAUAGCGGUGGUGAUAGCGGUGGUGAUAGCGGUGGUGACAGCGGUGGUGACAGCGGUGAAAGCGGCGGGGACAGCAGCGGGGACCCUGGAGUUGAACAUUCCGCUGGAAGUACAAACAGCGGCAGCCAAAAUGAUGGGGGGGACGGACACGAAGGGGGGCAAGACAACUUCUCGGGGGGAGGGAACAAGGAGGAGGGGAGGAGCGCGAACAGGGGUGGCGUGGAAUUCCUGAAUGGAAUUUCGUACGCGCUAGUAAGGAGGGAGGAUGAGACGGAGGCAAAUGACAACGCAGCGGUAGAAGCAAAGGGUGACUUGUCGGUUGAGGCAAACGACAACGCAGCGGGGGAGGCAAAUGGCAACAUCGUCCUGAUCAAAUUCGUGUACGAUAAUAAAUACGCGUGCGAGUUUAGGACGGACUUGGGUGUGAUAGCCUACGAGGGGGUAGGGACGAAAUCGCCAGAAGAUAUAAAAGAAGGCGUAAAAAAAAUGUACCGUGGAGUGAGCGUUGGGGGGGGGUUAUCCGAUUUGCAUUUGAUUAGAGGAGGCCCCUUCAAGCGGAUUUUGGAAGACCUAAAUUUUGAGGAACUCUAUGAGAUGCCUUAUAAGAAGCGAUUUGCACGAAAGCAAAGCAUCGUUAGGCAGAUGAAUGCCUCAGUUGUGGUGCAGAAGGGGGUAAGCGACAUGGAUGCGUACCCUCUGCUCUAUGGCUACCUGAAGGUGUGGGAAGAGGACCUACACUGCUACGAAUUGAAGAGGGUCGAAGUGAGGCACAUGUGGGGGGAAAGGAAAAGGGGGGAGAAUAUGCCAAGUGGAGAAAUGAGGUGGAACUUUUUUCGCAACUACGGUGAGGGGGGUGGCCAUACGAAUGAUCAGCCGAAUGACCUUCCAGAUGACCAUCCAGAUGACGUACUAAUCGACAGCGACCGGUACAGACAAAUCGUGCGCGCGAAGGAUGGCAAGGCGAAUGGAACCCUUUGCGACCUUCUGGGAGGAGACUUCCCAAACAGCGACUACAUUUCGUUUAAGGCCAAACUGUUCGUCAACAAUAGGAAAGAAAUCAACUGCUAUGAGGAGCUAAUUACAAAACUGACGUGCGGCCAUUCGAAUUUAAGUGUUGCCAUCCUGAGUCGCUUGAAGGAGAUAAGGGAAGAUCUCUCCUUUGUAUCGGGGGAGGCCUUUUUAGAAAAAUACACUUUUGACGAGGAGGACGAGUUCUUCAACUUCAACAGAAUUGUGCACAGGUGUGUGGUCGAGGGGAGGUACCACUCGAUGUUUCGAGGAGGAGGUGGUGGACUCAAAGGAGGGGAAAGGAGUUUUAAGCUGUUUUGCCAUGGUGGUGGCUUUGCAGGUGGUAGCAGGGGGGGGAGGAACGUUUUCGUACCACUAGUAAGAAGAAGGAUCACCUAUUUGCCACCCCCUGUAGAGAGAGCCCUUUCCCUUCCCAUUCAUGCAAAGGUAAGUGCCGAAGAAAGUCGGAAAAAAAAGCAACAAAAGAGGAGGAAAAAAAAAAAACAACUCAUCGAUGAUGCCAAUUUGGUGAGCAGUGAGAAGCAAGAGGAUGACCCGUUUAGCGACGAAAUGGACGAAGAUUUGCUGCGCUUUGAGAAAAUAGACAAGAUUAUGGAGUUACGUGGGGAGGGCGACCAUAGGAGGGGCAGCGGCUUGGGAGGUGGCACGACCGACCUGCUCAAUGACGAAGUGACUAGCCAAGCGGUAGAACAUAUGAGACGCCAACCGAAUAGGAGCCAUGAGAAAAGCAAAAACUAUUUGGAAAAAAUGCUCGAAAGGCAGAAGAGGGUAAACGAUUUUUUAAGUUUAGAAAAAGCUGAAGAAAGUGUAAAAAAGAAUUUGAGCGUGGUAAACUAUGAAGAAGCCUUUAAGCAGUUGAGGGGGAAGUCCAGGGGGAAACAGCAGGCAGUCGGGGAGGGGGGCAAACUAGCGGAGGAGGGCAAAUUAACGGAGGAUAACCAAGUAGAAGCGACCUUGCUGAGCGACGCAGAUGAUGAAGAAAUCGAAAGGCAAAUUAGAGGAAUACUACAAGGGAAAAACUUAAAUGAUGGGUCUUAUCGGUUAGACCGCUUUGAGGAGAGGGGCGGGGUGGACACACAAGAGCCCAGCGGAAAGAGAGACCAGAAAGACGACGAGGAAAAGAAGAAGGAGGAGAAGAAAAAGAUCGAGGAGUUUUUCAAAAACAUGAGAGUCGAAGUGAAGUUGAGCAGGGACUCCUGCGUGGGGUGCGGAAUAGCCUUUCAGUCGGCUGACCAGAAGAAGUUUGGCUUUUUGAAAAGCCAGGUGUACGAGAGGGUGGUCAGCAGGAACGAGGGCUUUGACAGGAGGGAGAUACUGCGCGAUAUUUACGAGGGGGGGGUGGAAGCGCAGUGGGGGAAGAAGGAUGGAGAGAUGACUGUCCAAGAGGGGGAGAGGCCGAUCGGUCAGUGCGGCAGCUACGCAAAGGAGCAUAACCGCAAGCAGGAGCUGCUGAGCGAGGUUCACAAACUGAGGGGGGAAGCCAUCAGUAAGGUUGUUCAUCUGGGGAGGGGCGGUUACCCCGAGGGUGAAAUCACCUCCAUCAUACAAAAGCAGGCAAACGAACCAACCGGCGCAGAAACGACUGAAGAGAAGUUCUACCUAUGUGAGCGAUGCUUCAAUUUGAAGUACAAAAAUGACAUACAGGAAAACAUGAUAAUAAAUUAUACGAAUAAAAACGAAAUUAGUGCCGAAGAUUUUGAAAAGUACGUAAUAAAUAUUUUCAAGAAAAGAUGUUUUAUAAUUUACAUCGUAGACAUUUUGGAUUUAUACAUUUAUUCCAAUUUGAAGAAAUUAUUUUCUUUAUAUAAGAUGCAUUCUGAUAGGGGCAAAAGUGAGGGUUUUUUUUUUUGCGUAAAUAAGGUGGACCUUUUGCCUGACUAUAAAGAAUUUACUGUGAAAAAUUACGUGUAUAAUUUUUUGCGGAGCAACAAGAUAAAUGUGUUGUUUCGGAACAUCUUCUUGGUGAGCGCGAAGACGGGUUACAAUGUGAAGAAGCUGAUUUACACGGCCUACGUGCGGAGCAGGGCCGUGCGCAAGAGGGGGAAGCGGCGCGGCGAGGGGGGCGGCAAUCGGGGCGGCGCGAAGAGUGGGCAGGCCAUCGAUGGCGAAGUGGAGGGUGACGACGAUGAUGAAGAAGAAGUGGAUGGUGAUGGUGACGACGAUGAGGUGGUGGAGGGUGGCGAUGACUAUGACGGUGACGAAGUGGAUGAUGACGAUGGCGAGGCUAGCCGCGAGAUGGGCGAUCUGGGCGAGCUGGCCCCCCCGGGGGACGCGCCGACCAAGAAGAAGAAAUUCUUCCUGAAAAACGUGAACAUUUACAUCGUGGGAAACGCCAACAGCGGGAAGUCGUCCCUCAUCAAUUACCUACUGAAGAACGUCAAAAAAAAAGACAACCGAAACUUCCAAAUUAGCAACAGCAUCAUUCCAGGAACGACUCUGAAAAAUAUACAAAUAAAGUUAAGCAAGCAUAUAACCAUUAAUGACACCCCCGGGAUUAUUUCCGGCCAGUCGCUUCUCUCUUGCCUCAACUUUGACGAAAUGAAAUACGUGGUAUGCACCAAGUUGAAAAAAAAAGUGCCAGCCAUAUACGUAAACAAAAAUGAUUACAUUUUCAUCGGGGGGCUUAUGUACAUUCACAUUUUAAAUAUUAAGAAGCAUUACGCUAUUAUGUCUUUUUUUAUGUCCGAAAGGAUUCCAAUCAUAAAGAGGAAAAACUUUUCCAAAGACGCAGGGAACUUUUUAAGGGAGAAGAUAAGCAGCGGGUUUCUUUACCCCCCCUUCUCAGUCGAACGAUUUGACCAACUUGGCACCUUUAAAGAUUGCUAUUUUAAUAUUACAAAUCCGUGCGUCGAUCGGGACAGCGGCAGCUACGACGUUCAUGUGCAGGGGCUGGGGUGCAUCACUUUUUACGCAUUUGAGAGCAUCGAGUUUCAUUUGCACACGCUGAAAAAUGUGGACGUCGUUUCGAGGACUUCGCUCAUGCCGUAUCAUAAGAGGUACGGCAAGCUGAACAUCUCCAAGGGGAAAACGUAG